AUGGUCGAAGCAGGGAGUAUUGUGCUUUGGUCUGCACUCCUAGUACUGAUCGUCGUUAAUAUUAUGGGAAAUUCUCUUGUCUGCUGGAUUAUAAGGAAAAAUCGAGAAAUGAGGACCCAUCUAAAUUACUUAAUCGUUAACCUAGCAGUAGCGGACAUGAUGUACGCGAUUUUUAUGGCACCAGUGUUCUUUGUCAAGUUUGCUGGUGUGCAUCCGGAUGGGAUAGUUGGCUUAGUUCUAUGCAAACUUGUGACAGGAGGAAAUUUGUCAUGGUUCGGAGCUGCUUCCUCGGUUGUCACACUGGUCGCCAUCGCCGUUGAACGACACAACGCUGUGUUGUAUCCCUUCAGCAACAGAGGAGCACUGAACACGUUUAAAUUGAAGGUGAUCAUUGCCAGUUCUUGGAUUUUCUCGACCUUUUUCAACAUCCCAUCGUUCCUGGCAGUCCGCCUUAAUGAGACUGCAAACGAAUGCGCAGAGCAUUUCCCAAGAGAGUGGAUGGCAAAAGCCAUGACCUGGUUGUGGUUUCUUUUGACGGCUCUUUUCACUGCGUUGAUGGCUUCUCUGUACUCUAGAGUUGUGUAUAACCUAUGGAUCAAGGGCAAUGAAAAAGAUCAGCUUACCCAGCAGCAAAUGAUUGUGAUGAGGGUGAGAAAGCGGGUCACUUCGAUGGUGGUUACUGUCAGUGCUCUAUUUAGCACAUGUUGGUGCGCAUCUGGUGCCAUUUACAUUGUGUCAUACACUAACUAUGCAUCCAUCGACUAUAACACCGACUAUUUGCCAAUUUCUUACAUAACCGUCAUGUUCAACUCCGCCGUCAACCCGUUUACUUACGCUCUGUUAAACAGACGAUUCAGGAGGAAAAUAAAGAUGAAGUUUUUUUCUGGAUGUUUCUCUUCAUCCACGGUCAAACCCAACGCCGGCAGAGAGUCAUGCAUCACCGAGACCACGACAACACAUUUUGGAGCCUUGAGUCACUUCGUGGUUGUCAAACAUGCUACCGUUGGCGACCAAACCGAUGACACGAGGCUGAACUAA